AUGACGAUCUCUCGUGCUGGUUUCUAUUUUGGCCUCACUCGGCACAAUACGAGCAUUGGCAUCGCAUUCAACAUUAGCGAUGGGAAUUCCGGCCCCAUCACGAUGUUGAUCUCUCGUAUGUGUGCUAUUCUGGAAUCAACGAGCACGAUACGAGCAUUGGCAUCGACGAAAUUACAUCGAGGAAGUUACAUCUUCACUCUAUCAACAGAAGACUCAAUGCCGCCGUCAAUGCUAUAUAAAUCACCAUCCCUCCUCGCCUCUAUAAUCCUAGCCAUCCUCUCAAACACACUGAAACCUCAAUCUCAACCUUCAAACCAACCACUCAACCACUCAACCCAAAUCUAUCUAUCUAUUCUAUUCCUCAUUCCUCAGUCAAACCAACAAACCUCAACUCCAGCAAAAAUGAAGUUCACCGCAACCACCAUCGCCGCCCUCAUUGCCGUCCUUCCCAUGGCCAAUGCCUGGAUCUUCACCAGCUGCAGCGAGCAGUGGGACGGCGACGAAAAAAACCGAGGCUGCACCAAGGCCGCCUGCAAGACCGGUUCCAAGAUUGACUGGGAGGCCGACUGGGGCUCUGACUGUGUUCUUCGCCUCUACAGCGAUAGUUCGUGCAGCAACCAGAUUGGAAUUGCUUCUGAUGACUGGAACGACCAUACUUUGAACCAAGGAAUGGGUAGCUUCCGCGUCUCGUCUUGUGAUCAGGACUAG